GGCACAGGGUGAUAAGACAGCUGGCAGAUUCCGCACAGGAGGACAGAGGUGCCUGUGAGCCCAAGCUCUUCUGACAGAGGGAGGGGCCCAGCAGGCAGCAGACACCGGACACCAUGGAGUCCCCCUCAGUCCCUACCCGCAGAGGACGUGUCCCCUGGCAGGGGCUUCUGCUGGCCGUCUCACUCUUAACCUCCUGGAGCCCGCCCACCACUGCCCAACUCACUGUGGAAUCCGUGCCCCCCAGUGCUGCCGAAGGGGAGGAUGUGCUUCUCCGUGUGCACGAUCUGCCUGGGUUUCUUGCAGGCUAUGUGUGGUUCAAAGGGGAAAGUGUGGACAGCAGCCGUCAAAUUGCAUCCUAUGUAAUAGACACGCAACAAAUGUACCCAGGACCUGAAUACAGUGGUCGAGAGACAAUACACCCAAAUGGAUCUCUGCUGUUGCAGAAGGUCACCCCGAAGGACACAGGAUACUACACUCUGCUAGGAAUCAAAAGAAAUUUUCAAGGUGAUAAAGGAACUGGACAGCUCCGAGUAUACCAGCCCGUGGGGAAGCCCUCCAUCCAAGCCAGGAACAGAGUCACAGAGCAUAAGGACGCCGUGGGUCUGACCUGCCUCACGGAUGACACUGGGAUCUCUAUCCGGUGGCUCUUUAACAAGCAGAGUCUGUGGCUCAGGGACUGGAUGAAGCUGUCCUGGGGCAACAGCACCCUCACCAUAGACCCCGUCAGGAGGGAGGAUGGUGGCAGUUAUCAGUGUGAGGUCUCCAACUCUGUCAGUUCCAGCCAAAGUGACCCCCUCAGGCUGGACGUGCAAUAUAAGUGACCCUCCUUCCCUCCUCUAUGUUG